AUGGUCUAUCAACCUCGUAUCAGCAAAGGGUGUGGCAAUUGUCGCACCCGCAGAAUUAAAUGUGAUCGAGCAGAACCAACAUGUUCGCAAUGUGUGCGAGCAUUCUUCUCUUGUCCAGGCUACCGCGAUCUGCAACAACUGCAUUAUCGCAAUGAGAACGAGAAAGUCAGGUUCCGGGUGCGAUCAGCUCAGUACAGUACUGAGCGACAAGUCGGUUUGGCAAAGGAAACCGGGCCACAAAGUCGCCAAGCCUUCAAAGCCGCGGUUGUUGCUCAGUCUCUACAAUCUCUCCCUGCAUCCCUGUCAUCGUCCACCUCCGCUGAGUCGGUCGGCUUUUUCUUCCGGUACUACGUUCUUGAAGAUGGCCACAAUAUCCCUAUCUAUUUGAGUGCCUCCCAGAUGGAAGUGCUGGCAGCAAACAGCCCGUCAGUCAUGCAGAGUCUGGUCGCAGUGGGCUUAGCAGGGCUGUCUAAUAUCAAAAAGUCCCCUGAUUUGAUGAGUAAAGCAACUGAGGAAUAUACACGAGCACUGCAUCUAAUUAACGGCGCUUUAAAAGAUGAAGCUCAGCGCAAGAGUGAUGCUACACUAGCGGCUACAAUGCUUCUUGGCAUGUUUGAGGUCCUGACUUGCAACACUCCUUCCUCUUUAGAGUCAUGGGCCCAGCAUAUUCGUGGUGCCUCAGCCCUUAUAGAAAUGAGAGGGGCCGAGCAGAUCAAAUGGAUCGUUGGCAUGAGAAUGUUCACCCACCUGCGAGUGCAGAUCAUAGCCAGCUGCUUGCACUGGCGCCUUUCCAUUCCGGCAUCGAUUGUGCACUGGUCUCUCCAGGCUAUGACAGAGAGAUCAGUAGCGGACGCGAAAGCGGAUGAGCUGGUUGAUCUGGUUGCCCACGUUGCCCGACUGCUAUCCCAAGCACGAAUGAACUUGGCGUCUGAUAUAGUAUCCUCGGCAGCAACUAUUGACAGAUACCUUCGCCAGUGGAGACAGACUCUUCCGCCUCGAUGGGCCUACCAGACCGUACCAGGGCCUCCCGUGCGCAACAGGAGCCCGUCUCAUAUAAAGUUCUACUAUACCCACGUAUAUCAUAUAUACCCUGAUCUUUGGGCAUGCAAUAUCUGGAACUUUUAUCGAAGCGCUCGCAUACUACUCAACCAAUUGAUGCUGAACAGUGCGGAGAUAGGUGAUCAAGCAGAAAAUGUCCAGAUAAGAGAAACUGUGGCCCAGUUGAGUACAGAAAUUGCAGAAAGCGUUCCUUUCGCACUUAAACUUGUAGACAGCAGAGCCACAAAUUUUCCCUCGCUUGACCACUGUCUUGGGGGAUUUACGAUUUUAUGGCCCCUAUACGUGGCGGCCAAUACAAACCCUUUAGGCUCUACAUUGCGGGAAUGGGUAGUUGAACGAUUCGAGACGAUUGGGAAUGACAUGGGUAUAGGGCAGGCCCAUUUCAUGGCCAGAACUCUACGAAACACGUGUGCCCCUGUCCCCUAAUCAGCAGUGCCCCUUCUUUCGUCUGUGGAUAUUCUAAGAGAGUGGGCUCAAUAUACUUGUUAUAGGAGGUGCGGUAUUCUAUGCCCUAUGUCGCAUCAUCUCUGUGGAUCAUUAUCGUAUAAUAAUCGACUAUGUACAGCGUUUCACCCUUUCCAGCAAACAGCCUUUUAAGGGCCCCCGGAAAUGUAACAAUAUUACAUAUUCUUGGGAAAGACUAUAUCUACAAAUGGCUCUGUUGGGGUGCAGAUGCCCCAACCAAUCUCAUUAACCUGAAGAGCAGGCUCACGUCACCCUCUGAACUGUUAUCUGGGAUGCCUCCACGCCCAUUCAAUAUCUCCACCAAUUCGUUCUUUGUGAGGGUUAAACGCAAACUGGAUGUGCCAAUCGACCUGUCCUGACCUGUUGUGAUACGAUAUGUCAACGCCCCGUU